AUGGAGGCCUGGGCUGUGCUGCUUGCAGGGCAAGAGCCAUCAUCUCUGCUGGACAGCAAGCCGGUGGUUAUGGCAGUAGCACUGACUGUUGCAUUCCUGGCACUGGGGAUUUUGCUGCUUUUUGUGGUCUUCAGGCUAAAGCGCAACAGUUCCAAAGGCUCAGAGAACAGCAGCACUAUACCCCUGAGAGGAUGUCAAAAAGAUGUAGGCAAGCCAAACACACAGAUCCUGGUGGAGGAAUUGCUGGAGGCUCUGAAGAUGUUUAAGAGGGAAGAAAUAGAGGCAGAACAGACAGAUGAUGAAUCAGUCAACAGGCAUGGUGCUGGGCUUCUUAGAGAAUACCAGCAAUUGUCCUCCACUUUGUUGCACCCCUGCAAUGCUGGCAAGGAGCUCUGUAAUCAAAACAAGAACCGCUACAAGAGCAUCAUCCCAUAUGAUCACUGCCGUGUGGUGCUGCAGCACUCUGACACCGGGAAUGGCUACAUCAAUGCCAGCUAUGUGGAUACCUACCGAAGUCCACGCUUCUUCAUUGCAGCUCAAGGCCCCUUGGCUGGGACAGUGGUGGAUUUCUGGCACAUGAUCUGGCAGGAGAAGACCUCAGUCAUUGUGAUGCUGACGGGCUUAGUGGAGCAGAACAAGAUCAAGUGUGAGCAGUAUUGGCCAGAGCAGGAGCAGGUCUACGGUGACUUCACCGUGACACUCAACAACACCUGGACCACCACAGGCCUUGUCAAACGCAUCUUCUGCCUGCAGAAGGCGGGCUGUGCUCUCCCAAGAGCAGUGGAGCAGUUUCACUACCUGCUGUGGCCGGACCACGGGGUGCCCAGAAACCCGUCGCAGCUGCUGUGCUUGGUGGAGGUGGUGAACAAGAGGGUGCUGGAAGCACCUGCUGGACCCGUGUUGGUGCACUGCAGCGCAGGCAUCGGGCGCACGGGUACCUUCAUCGCCCUGGACUUCCUCCUGAAGAUGGGGAAGGCUGAGGGCAAGGUGGAUGUGUUUCACUGCGUGCAGCAGCUGCGGGAGCAGCGGGUCAGCAUGGUGCAGACCAAGGAGCAGUACAGCUUCCUGUACGAGGCGCUUCUCGAAGGCUUGCUCUGCGGCAGCACCGGGGUCCCCGUGGAGAGCAUGGCCAGCCUGGUCCGCUCCCUUCGAGAAGAUGAGGCCUCAGGCCACAACAGUGUCCUAGAGAAGGAGUUUAAGGCUCUGCAGAGAUUUUCGGAGUUGUUCCAGCUCCUGCCAUGCAGAGAAGCAGAGAAACCCAGAAACCAACCCAAGAACCGCAAGCCAGGGAUCUUGCCAGCGGAUUCCUGCCGGCCCAUCCUGAUGUCCUCGGUGAACGCAGACGGCUCGCCAGCUUACAUCAACGCCGUGUUUGCCAGCACGUACACCGAGGAGGAGAGAAUCAUCAUCACGCAGCUGCCUUUCCCCACCACGCUGGUGGAUUUCUGGGCUCUGGUCUGGGAUUACACUUGCACAUCGGUAGUUGUGCUGAAUCAACUCCAGGAGCUGGACAAGACAUACGUGCAGUUCUGGCCCACCCAGGGCGAAGAUGACUAUGGCCGCUUCCAUGUCCAGCUGAUCUCAGAGGAGCCUGGGGCUGGCUUCACAACCUGGACACUUGUCCUCAGCAACAGGCAGCAGCCCAAGAAGUCUGCAGUAGAAAUCCGGUUACAUCAACUGACAGACUGGCCCAUGCAGCAGCACCUUCCCCCACACCCUGACACCAUCAUCAGCCUGCUAGGGAAGGUGGAGACACACCAUCGGCAGAGCCAGGAUGGACACAUCCUUGUCACCUGCUGGGAUGGAGCCAGCCGCAGUGGGAUCUUCUGUGCUGCUAGUUUCCUGUGUGAGCAGAUCCAAAGUGAGGGCAUGGUGGAUGUGUCCCAGGCUGUGAGGAUGCUGAAGAGGAGGCGGAGACAGUUCAUUAAAAAUGUGGAACAGUAUGGGCUCUGCUAUGAACUAGCCCUCAGUUAUUUGAAUUCAUUUGAAACCUAUGGGAAUUUCAAGUAGGGGCAUGACCACAGCCUGUCUCUGGAUGGGAUGUUGACUCCCUGGACAGCCCUUCAUCAGUAGCAGUGGAAGCAAGAGGGAAAAAAAAGGGAUGUGUAUGGCCCCAAGCUGCUUCACUCCCCUGAAAAACCACCCCAAGGGUCCUCCAUGGCUGGAGAACACAGGCUAGACUGUCUCCAAAUUUUGGCCAGGUGUUGAAAUUGGAACCUGACCCUCUGCCCAGCAUUUGUGCAGGAACUUAAUCUGGAAUCACAGCCUGAGUAUGCAGGCCAGAGCAGAUGCACCAGGACUUCACCCAUCCUUCCUUGCCAAGGAUGAAGAGCACAGCUGUCCCAUCCAGGUUCCCUUGUCCCCUCAAGUACCCCAAGGAAAGUGGGGUAGCACCAACAGCCACAUUGCGUUUGGUCAGAGAAGUCUCAAACUGCUGUAAGAUCCAUGGUGCUGAGGAGCACAGGAUAUCUGUCCUACUUUGGGAGAAGCAUGAAGCCCAAAGUCAACAAGAGCCACGAGUGGGACAACCCAUGAUCCUGCAGGGCUAAACUGGUCCUUCAAAUGCCACACAAUCUCUUCCUGAGGCUGCAUCUUCCUGGUGCUGCUCCAAGUGCCACUGCCCUUCCAGCUCCAUAGAGGCUCUCUCAUCAGCUUGUGGCUGCACCAUGGCAAUCCCAGGUUACGGUGUCUCAACGUGAAUAUCCUGGAUGUGGUCCAAGCAGCACCACAGAAACAGCUUCUGUCUUUGCUGCACAAAGGCAGGAGACUUCAGAGCCAGGAGUGACCCCACUGAUCUCUGUCCUGUGUCUCACCAAUAAAGGCCAUGGUG